ACUCGCCCGGCCGCCGCCUGUGACGAAGAUGCCAGCGCUGUGCCGGCGUCCGGGCCGCCGCGUCCUUCUUCUCCUACUGGCCAUGCUGCUGCCCUCGUCACCCCCUGCCCGCGCCCCCGCGCCCCCGGGCCCCGCCGCCGCCCUACUCCAGGCUCUUGGGUUUCCCGACGUGCCCCGGGGCGCCCCCAAGUCCCGGCCCGUACCCCCUGUCAUGUGGCGCCUGUUCCGCCGCCGGGACCACCAGGAGGCCAGGGCGGGCCCUCGGAGGACGCCCCUGGGGGCUACCCUGCGGCCGUGCCACGUGGAGGAGCUGGGGGUCGCCGGAAACAUCGUGCGCCACGUCCCGGACCGCGGCGCAGCCGCCCGGCCCCCGGAGCCCCCCUCAGCUGCGGGACAGUGCCCUGAGUGGACCGUCGUCUUCGACCUGUCGGCCGUGGAGCCAGCCGAGCGCCCGAGCCAGGCCCGCCUGGAGCUGCGCUUCGCGGCUGCAGAGGCGACGGUGGGGACGGCGGGCGGCUGGGAGCUGAGCGUGGCGCCGGCGGGCGCGGGCCCCGGGCAGGUGGUACUCCGCCAGGCGGUGCCCGCCCUGGGAAUGCCGGUGCGCGCUGAGCUGCUGGGCGCCGCCUGGGCCCGCAACGCCUCGGCGCCGCGCAGCCUCCGCCUGACGCUGGCGCUGCGUUCCCGGGCCCCCGCCGCCUGCGCGAGCCUGGCCGAGGCCUCGCUGCUGCUGGUGACCCUCGACCCGCGCCUGUGCCACCCCCUGGCCCGGCCGCGGCGCGAGGCCGAGCCCGCAGUGGGCGGCGGCCCCGGGGGCGCGUGUCGCGCGCGGCGGCUCUACGUGAGCUUCCGCGAGGUGGGCUGGCACCGCUGGGUCAUCGCGCCACGCGGCUUCCUGGCCAACUACUGCCAGGGCAAGUGCGGGCUGCCCGCCGCGCUGUCCGAACCCGGGGGGACUCCCGCGCUCAACCACGCGGUGCUGCGCGCGCUCAUGCACGCGGCCGCCCCUAGCGCCGCCGCCGGCCUGCCCUGCUGCGUGCCCGCGCGCCUGUCGCCCAUCUCCGUGCUCUUCUUCGACAACAGCGACAACGUGGUACUGCGGCACUACGAAGACAUGGUGGUGGAUGAGUGCGGCUGCCGCUGACCGGGGGCUGGCGGGAGGGGGCAACAAUAAACACUGCGUGGUCCGCUCUGCUGUCUUCUCGGGUCUUGUCACCUGGGAGUGGGGAGGGAAGCAGCUAUGUCCAUCACCAUCAACCACCAGGAUGGUGGGUGGGGGGUCCUACAGUGACGCCGCCGGCCCAGCCUUCCCAGAACCCAUCUCUAGGGUGCCCAACGUCUAAUGUACACGGGCCCCAGGAACUGACCCUGCAUAGGCCCAUCUUCCCCCAUUCCGGUCCCUGCUGCACAGGUUUGGCCCAUCUCAGCUUUGCUGUUGAGGUGGCUUCGAAUCCCCCACCCCCAACCAGGCAGAACCCCAAACCAAGUGCUCUGCCACCCCCUGUAGUUAUCCAGCCCCAGUGUGAAUGCAGAGCUGUUUAUUAAGAUUUUAUUGGUGACAAAAGAAGUUAAAACAAAUUGACCGAAAAUCAAAAAGUUACAUUGCCUUGGUACAGAUGCUUCUUGAUUUGGGGGACUCAUAGCAACUGUUGCUAAGGUGGAGAAAAAAGCAAACAGCACAAAGCAGAGGCAAAGCAUUCCAAGGAACAGAACAGGGUGGGUGGGUGUCACCCAUGGGGACGGUGCACAAGGGGUCAUAGCAAAAACCUAUCCAAACUCUAUGCAGCUACCAAAAGAAGUGGGAACCGAAAGCACUACAGCAAUGGUAAUAAAUAAGAGGCCUUGCCAGAAGGAAGGUGGCCUGUGUGUCCCCCAUCUCUCCCAUGUACCAGCUGGAAUCUGGAGGCUUUGGGAUAAGGCACAUGGGGAGGGGGAUGCUGGGGGUCAGGGUCAUCAGGGCCUGGAUAGGCAGGGUUAGGGUUAGACAGUCCCCAACUAGGUCCCGCCAGGGAGGCUAAGCCGCAUCACAGUGUGCGAAGAGCUGGGGGUGACUCCACCAGCAACAGUAACUGCAAGUUGCAACCCAGACCCAGGCAGAGGCCCCCUUGUACCACGUGAUGUGACAACUCCUUCAAGCCCUUCGGCACAGAACCAACCUAUUUCAGAAACGUAUUCCCUUUCCCCGCCAAAGUUAAAACGACCCCACCUCAUCAAAACUGUGCCCGCAGGUAGAAGGGCUCCAAACUAGUCAGGUAGGGUGGGGAACAAGAGGGGAUGGGGCAUUCAGUGAGCCUAACUGGCCACAGGGACGGUGGGAGUCUCCCUGGGGACGGGGACAGAUCCUCCUGGCUGGUGCUUUCCACCAAAUCCUCAGGAAGGACCCUGGGGAAGGAGCCACUGGCCAGGGAACAGCCACCGUCCUGCCCUCUGGCCUCACGGCCAGUCCUGCCGAGGCCCCUCCUGCGAGGCCGAGUCCACGGCACACGGGAAGCGCUUUGCUUCUCGGAGUCCAGCAGAGACCACGGAGUCGCCUGCCCGGCCCGGGACCGUGCUCCCUCACCGCCCUGACGUACAGGGAGAAGCUGCUGGAAGCUAAAACUGAAAAAAAAAAAAAA